CAAGCUAGGCUAGACUACCUACAUCUGAAAGUAUUUGGGGUUUUUUUUUUUCUUCAUCCCAGCAUCUUCUCUUUUGCUCCUGCAGGCUCAGCUUGCACUGCAGUUGAAAUCAUGGAUAUUUUGCUUAAGGAAAUAAGACGCAAGGAUGAAGCAGCAGCCUCUGUACUGGAACAGGCAGGUUUGAGAGCUGGCUCAGAUCUCCAGUUACUGACUUUACAAGAGCUGGGUGAGCUGUUACCUGGAGUUGAAAAUUUCAAACUGAGAAGGGAAAUCUUUGAUAUAAUACACACGCAGAAACCAAUUGAUGUGCUCAUAGAAGAAUUCAAGGACUUCAUCCCACAUGAAUCUCUCAGGGCUGCCUUAACCGAAAAUGGAGUCUUGGUGGACUACCUGAAAAUGUUGAAGGAAAUGAAGACCCAAAUGAAUAAUGAUUUCCUUGAUCGACAUAUCAGUCUGUUGGAGGACUUCAGGAAAUCUCAACCAUCGCAGGACCAGGACAAAGGUGAAAUCAUGGAUAUUUUGCUUAAGGAAAUAAGACGCAAGGAUGGAAAAGCAGCCUCUGUACUGGAAGAGGCAGGUUUGAGAGCUGACUCAGAUCUCCAGUCACUGACUUUACAAGACCUGGGUGAGCUGUUCCCUGGAGUUAAAAAUGCCAAACUGAGAAGGAAAAUCUUUGAUGUAGUACACAAGCAGAAACCAAUGGAUGUGCUCAUAAAAGAAUUCAAGGACUUCAUCCCACAUGAAUCUCUCAGCGAUCCCUUAACCGAAAAUGGAGUCUUGGUCAACUACCUGAAAAUGUUGAAGGAAAUGAAGACCCAAAGGAAUAAAGUGCAGGAGUUCCUUGAUGCUCAUAUCAAUCUACUGGAGGACUUGAGGAAAUCUCAACCAUCGCAGGACAAAGGCAAAAUCAUGGAUAUUUUGCUUAAGGAAAUAAGACGCAAGGAUGGAAAAGCAGCCUCUGUACUGGAAGAGGCAGGUUUGAGAGCUGACUCAGAUCUCCAGUUACUGACUUUACAAGACCUGGGUUUGCUGUUCCCUGGAGUUAAAAAUGCCAAACAGAGAAUUGAAAUCUUUGCUAUAAUACACACGCAGAAACAAAUUGAUGUGCCCAUAGAAGAAUUCAAGGACUUCAUCCCACAUGAAUCUCUCAGUGCUGCCUUAACGGAAAAUAGAGUCUUAGUCAACUACCUGAAAAUGUUGAAGGAAAUGAAGACCCAAAUGAAUAAAGUGCAAGAUUUUCUUGCUGCUCAUAUCAAUCUACUGGAGGACUUCAGGAAAUCUCAACCAUUGCAGGACCAGGAGAAAGGUUCUUUGUCAAGUAGUCACAAUAGCCAACCUAGUGACCCUCCACAAACACAACAAGCUGCCAGUAGUGCAUUGCACUCCUCACACUCUACUACUUUCAAGUGUGACCACCCAGAGAAAAGACAAGGAUCUUUGUCAAGUAGUGACAACAGCCAAACUGGUGACCCUCCACAAAUACAACAAGAUAUAACUGCCAGUAGUGCAGUGAUGUCCCCACCCUCUCCUACCUCCACUCCAGACCAUCCAGAGAAAAGAUCAGGUUCUUUCUCAAGUAGUCCAGCGAAGCGCCACAAUAGCCAAACUAGUGACCCUUCACAAAUCCAACAAGAUUGCAGUAGCAGGAGCCGGCGUCUUUCUAGGCGCUCUGUUUCCACUCAUGUCCAGCCACAGAAAAGACAAGUGACGUUCAAGAUGGUCGUCAGCGGAGUAACCUUUGAUGCCCAUAAGCAGCUACUGGACAGAUUAACGACUUCAAGCGGGAAUAAAGUUUUGAAGUUGCUCAGUCAGGAGGAAGGUGAGGUCAUCAUUGUCUUCUGUCCUGUUGUUUCACGUAUGGGGACAGAUGUUGAGGCAGCCACGGCCAAAAUCACAGGUGAUAAACCUGUCAUACUGGUUGUGAUGCAUCACGCAUAUGAAGCCAAACCUGUACCCUCAGUGAAAACAUGGAAGGAUUCUUGGAAGGUUGUUUUGUGUGUUCAUGUUUUCUACCAUGAGAAGCUCCAUGGAUUGCUGCCAUGUCAGGAAAAUAAUGAUGCCAUCUUUAAGAUACAAACAGAAUUACUGAAAUACGGUGUUGACAUAACUGAAAGUACAAGUGGAGAUACUUGGAACAGAGCAGCCAAAGGUUCACCAUCGAGCCCAGCCCUCAACAAGGCAAUCGAAGUUACAUUGCCCAGCCUCGCCCCCCUUAGUUCCUCCUUACCACCUUCAUGCUCUGUCUCCGCAGUCUGA